CCUCUCCGGAGGGUUCGAAACUGGUGAGGGUAGCCUGUGUCGGAAUGGCAGCGGAGAGCAUCGAGUCAGUUGGUGUAGAGACUUCACCAAGUGCACUCGCUUGUGUGGGUCUAAUGUCAGCCCGCGUGUCCGCCACAUUUGAUCCACGUUUUCGUAUUCUAACAUGGAAAUGCAGUGAAAUGUAAAACGUCGCAGCCGAAACGUCAGUUGUCGAGACUGUGAUCGUUUCCUUCCUUCGCGCCGAGCUAUGAUUUCCCCCGCUGCAACGAUGUCGUACGAUUAUCCUCAUCCGGUUUCAAGAACGUACCAAUACAAAAAGAUAACGAAGCCGCUGUUAGAGAGGAAGAGACGCGCGCGAAUAAACCGUUGUCUGGAUGAGCUCAAGAACAUCAUGGUGGACGCUUUGGAGACCGAGAGAGAGAACAUCAGCAAGCUGGAGAAGGCGGACAUCCUCGAGCUGACGGUCCGCCAUCUGCAGAGACUGCAGGCCUCGCGAUCCCCCGGGUUAUCGGCUACCGGCGGCGGCGACGGAAUUUCCGCUGAGAAUCGCUGGCGAUGCGGAUUUGGGCAUUGCGCGGCCGAAGCCUGCAAAUUUCUCUCGUCGCUGUCGGGUGAAGCCGCGGAGAGACUGGCGAGGCAUCUUGCGUCUGGUCUUCAAACGAGCCCGCAGUCCAACUCACCGCAGCCGAAAAUCGACCUCUUAUCACCCAGCCUAACAAAUAGCGUCGCUAGCAACGCGUUAUCUUGCACCGUCGAUAUCUCCGGUGAGAUCGACUCGGUAGUACAUCGCGCGAAUCUGUCGCCGAUUAUAUCCACAUCUUGCACCGAUAAUAAACAUGUUGACGAGAUCCACGACACCAACGCCUCAACAACAAUCGUCUCUACGUCUCAGUGUCAAGCCUCGAUGUCGCUCGUUAACGACAAAAAGAAAUUAACAGCGGAUUUUAGUACGAAACUGAAGAAUCCAGAGGAUCAGAGGGCAGUGACAACUGCGACGACGACGAUAACGACGAGGAACAAAUCGUAUAACUUACAGGAUGUUAACGCUGAGGACGAUGAAGAAAUCGACGUCGAACGUGUAGAGGAACGCAAUACGAUAUGGAGACCGUGGUAGUGCGAAAGCACUUUGUGCUUAAUUAUCAAUUAAUAACGUACAUUCCCUAUGCAGAUUCCUAUUCUUCCUAAAACUUGCCGUUGUAUAUCUUACACGUUUACGUUUUGGUAGAAUUAAUACAGAAGAGAUGCUAGAAACAGCAUAAUCGAAAAGAUUUUAUUCAAACUUGUUAUUUCAUGUGACAAGGAUAUAACACUUCUAUGUGUUUAUAUCAUUACUUCCUUGCAAGUACAAAAUAGUCUUUCCGAUAUACUCCGGUAUUCGAGAAUUAUUUUUAAUAAUUAUAGACCGAUCGCGUGAUAUCAAUAUAUACACAUGUAGAAGAAAGUUUAUUCGAGAGUAAAAAGUUUAUUCGAUAUCAUUUCAUUAAAUAAUGGUGAUAAAACAAUAUAUAUAAACAUAUCAUAUACCAUAUAAAGACUAAUGGAGAGAUCAUCGGUAUUGUAAAGUUACGUAAUGUUAAUAUUUUAUACUAUGGUCAUUUUUUGUAUUAUAGUUAAUAGUGUUCUGUUAAUUCUACAUUACUUUGGUAUUUGGCUUUAAAUAGACAUAAGUGUGUGAUAGAUCAUUCUUAUAUAUACAUUAUUUGUAUAUAUUAGAUUAUAACUUACAGAAGAAACAGAUUAGAAAAAAAUCCUCUUUAAUCCAUAUUCUUAUAAGAAUUAUAAAGUUUAUGAAAAUAAUAACAAGAAAAGUUAUUAAUUUAGAAAACAUUUUGGAAAA